AUGCCUUUAUAUGUUAAGUUUCUUAAAGAGAUUCUAUCCAACAAAAAAAAUCUUGAGGAUGAUGAAAUCGUUAUGCUUACUGCCGAGUGUAGCAGUAUUAUUCAAAACAACAUGCCUUAUAAACUGAAAGACCCAGGUAGUUUUUCUAUACCAUGUGUAAUUGGAGAGUUUAUCAUAGACAAAGCUUUAUGCGAUUUAGGAGCCAUCGUUAGUUUAAUUCCCUUAUCCACAUGCGAAAAACUCAAUCUAGGAGAAUUAAGACCAACAAAGAUGUCUUUACAACUAGCUGACCGUUCUGUUAAAUUUACAAUAGGUAUGCUAGAGAACGUUCCCGUUCGUAUAGGACAAUUCUAUAUUCUCACCGACUUUGUAAUAAUGGAUAUAAAGGAGGAUUCCCACAUCCCUAUUAUUUUAGGAAGACUCUUUUUAGCCACAGCCGGAGCCAUCAUAGAAGUGAAGAAAGGUAGGCUAACAUUCGAAGUUGGAGAAGAAAAAGUUGAAUUUCUCUUAGCUAAAUUCCUACAAGCACCAACUAUAGACGACUCAUGUUGUUUCAUAGACGUCAUCAACGAAUGUGUGAAAGAAAUGGAGAAGGAACCAUCUAAGUAUACUGAAGUACUGAAGAUUCCAACACCUCAUAUAUUCGAAGACGAUAAUUGGCGUGAGCCAUACGUAGAUGACAGUCUGAUAGAAUGUCUAGAAAUAACACCAAAUCUAAUUCCAUGCCCAAAUAAACCUUCAAUAUAA